GGUUUAUGUUUAGUCGAAUCGCUUUGUCCAUUUGAAUGACCUAGAGCGCGGGAUAAUUUCAGUGGGCGGUAGUCUGAGUCUGAAGUUCCCAUUAGCUGCGUGGUUAUAAAUUAACAUGGGGUACAGAAAGCAUAGAGGAAACCGGAAGAAUUUGCCAAAAAAGAAUCCUACAAAGCCUUCUUUUCCUGCAGCUGUUGACGAUUCCUCCGUAGGGACCGACAGUGAUUGUGACUCAUCAGGUGGUCAUACCCCAUUAUUGUGUAAUCUGUGCAACAAAGAAUACUAUUCAGUCCUCUCUGCUGUUUGUGGACACCAAUUUUGUAAAACAUGUUCAGAGGAUUCACUUCUCUAUACGAGUACUUGUCCUUUGGAUAAUAAAGAAAUCAAUGAAAAUCAACUGGUUGAAUUUAUAUUUGCUGGAAGCCAUGAUGAAAGUAGUUGUGACGAAGAUGAGAUCAAUUCAUUACGUUUAAGAGUUGACUCGCUAACUUUAGUUGUUGAUCGUCUAGUUGAGCAUUUGGUUUCUCGAGAUAUGGUGAACACUCGUCGUUUAGUCAGAGAAUCUUCUGGAGGCGAUCAGAAAACGAAAGAAUCAACGAUACCUGAUCCAGAAUGCCCUAACAAUUCUUCUGAAUCACCGGUCAACCAAGACAAGCAGGCGACUUCAGACCUUCCUGCUUGGUCUAAAAUGCAAUCGUUACUUAAAAAAGAGGAGAAUGCACCACUUGUGCUUAUCACUCCUGAUAACGUUCGUCAAAUGCUGCCUCAGUUUUGGAAAAUGGCAACAGAAGAGAACUACACUGACGAAGAUAAGGUGGAACGUCUUCGUCUUUGGUGUGAUACUUCUCUGCAGAAAAUAUUAGACAGUUCCAGUGUAUCACGUAAGGAUUGGCCAUAUAUAUCAUCACUUCUGUAUGGUGAACAGAUUCUGGAUGAAUUGAGCAUGAUUAGGUACCUUUCGAAAGUACCUCAACGACAAGGUGAAACACCGUAUCAAUGGUAUUUAAGGGUUUGUGAAGUUGUUCAGCGCAGUUUACCACCAGGACCACAGCAAGAUUGGGAGAUUAAAUCUUCCUUUGUUAGAGGAUUGCUUUCGAAAUACCAAGAAGCCUUGGAAUCUCAGAAGUUGGACUGCAUUGCUGCUAUUCUAGAACGUUGUCAUGCAGUUGAUGGUUCAGCGGCUAAACAAUCAAAUGCCAAAAAGGAAGUGCAACCGACACUCAAUCGAACAAAAACUUGCUACCAUUGUGGACGCAAAGGACAUGUACAACGCGAUUGUCCACAGUUGGUGCAUGGACACGUUCCAAUUGACCGCCCGCAACACAUAUAAGGCUGAGUGGACCACUGUGCGUGCAUCACACAGACACACCCACACACCGUGGACAGAGUUGCAUUUCCUCUCGAUGAUGUUAACAGAUUAUUAUUAUUUUUCAAAUAAAUGUUGCAUAAGAUAAC